AUGCAACAUAGAUCCAAUCAACUCGUAUUUAUUCAACAAGAAGAAGAUCCGUAUGUGAAAAGUGAGUCAUUAGAUACUAUUAAAUCAUUAUCAUCCCCGUUGAAAACUCAACCCAAACCAAUACCGAUCAAACGACAAGGCUCGAAAAAAGCAGAAAAUAUAACACAAACGCUUCUGUCAGUGCAACUAACGGACAUUCAUGUUGAUAAAUCUGAAAAGCAAAAAUUAACUGAAAUUACUUCAGACAAAAAGCCACGACAUAAACGAAACAGAUCAAGAAAUAAACAACGGUCUGAAACAACGAAAACACAAUCAAUAUCGGUAGAAAAUAAUGUAAACUGCAGUAAUGUUUCACGACAAAAGCGAAAAAGAAAUACUGGUAAUCCAUCAGUACAAUCCAUAAUUCCAAUCACACCUAUGCAGAGACAGCAGACUGGAAAAGCGAAAGCUUCAAAAUUAAAGAUGACAUCAACAGCUAAUAUUAGUGUUUCUGCUUUGGUUGAGACACCAAUCAGUACAAAACAUGUCACUCAAUCUGUAUCCACAAAGAGAGCUAGACAACAACGAUCUCAAAAAAAGAAAUGUACAUCAUCAACCCAGCAAACAUUAAACUCUCCCAUGGAAAUAUUGCCACAUUUAGCUUUAAUGCAUUCCGAAACUCCCCGUGUUAGAAAAUAUUUUUCCGACGCAAGCUAUAAUGAACAUUACCGAAUUGGAGUCUAUGGAUUUUCAUAUAAUAAUCAAAUUAUAACUCAACUGUAUAUUAAUGGUACUGGCAGUACAAUGUGUGAAGUAUUGACUGCCAUGAUGGCAUUACAAUACUCGAACAAUUGUUAUAUUACAGAAAAUGAUAAAAACUAUAAAAUAAUUUUAUAUACCGAUAAUAAGAAGGUAUUAUCAUUGAUUACUAGUCCAAACCCAAGUGAUAGACGUCAUUACCCACAGUUUUUUCAAAUUCGAGACGAAUGCGUUUAUCCAGUUAGAGCAAUCUGGACAAAAGGACAUCCAAAACAAAUAAAGAAUAUCGUUGAACAAAUGUUUGAUAAACUAGAUAAACAAGUUAGAUCAGAAUUACGUCAAUAUGUAAAAAUUAUAGAAUCGAAACAGCCUGAAUGUUAA